AUGUGGCUUGCGGUGUACAUCUACGCAGCGUGCUUCACUUUGAUUAACAGCACAACAGGUAUUAACUUAUAUAAUUGAAGAAAACAAAUAGACGCUUCAAGUAGUAAUGCCAAAGUUAUCAUCUUUACAAGUCGAGUUUCUUAGAGACGAUAUUUCGGCGACGGUAUGGAGAAGGAUCCCACUUUACAGUCGGAUCGUGUCAUACGUGAUUGGCGAUAGGGGUAGUUUUACGGAUGGGGCAGCAGACAGGACAGUAAGCUGAGGAAAUGCAGGAAAGCAGAGAAAUUAUUUGUAUUUCUCCUGAAAGACUCAUCGUACGCCUUUGUACGACAGUGGGAAUGAGCGCGGUAAUAAUGAAAGUCAUUUUCAAAGUAAAUAAAGGGGUUUUGAGUGGAAAUUCGAAGUCAUGGAAAGUGAUUGUCCUUGGUAAUGAAUGCCUGCAAUGGCCUGUGAAUGAAUGCCAAGAUAAAAGGUCCUAUGACGUGAUCCACAGUCUGUGGCCAGUUAAGUGGGCUCCUGCUCCACAACGUUGUCGACAUUUUUUGAAAUUUACAUCAGUCCAUUAUUAUGCAAUUUUUACUGUGUCAUAAUGACUUCCCUUCACUGAAUGUUCAUACAUAAAUAUCAUCUCACGUUAGCUAAAGAAGAACGUCUGAUCAACGGACUGCCCGAGAAUUGCGGAAAUCGCCCUGAAGUACCAAAGCCGUCGACAGAUCAUCCACGUGGAAAGAAAGAAGCUGUAAAAAAUAGUUGGCCGUGGCAAGUAAGUCGACAGAUGUGACAGGUUGCACUUGUAUGUUGUCUAGUGUGUGCACAACUCUUUGUUAAUUAUCCAAAGUUAGAUAACAAGCAUAGAUCUUCCUGCGCAGAAAUCAACAUGAUUCAUAUUGGCACAUGGCAAAACCACAAUAUCUGCCCGUUGUCGUAAUAAUUAUAUUUAUGGAAAUCAGUUGGCAGUCUACACUGACCCCCGUCAUUGGAAACCGUCUUUAUCUAUUCAAUAUAUAUGGAAUGUGCUAUCAACUGACGAUUUAAAAAUCUAAAGAUGAUUACUAAAGCUAAUUUCGUUUUUUUAUUUUCAAUAGGUUGGUGUGUACGCUUCAACGAUUGGGCCCUAUCCAUUUUGCGGAGGGACGCUCAUUUCGCCAACAUGGGUAUUGACGGCCGCUCACUGUAUCACUGGAGCUCUUCGAUGUAAAGAAAUUCCACUUGGUCGACCCUUUUCGUUCGAUGAGUUCGUCGAGGAUGAAAUGGUCGUUCGCAUAGGAGACCACAAUCGCACACGGCGUGGACGUCCAGCAUUCAACCUUCGAGUAAAGCACAUCAUCAUGCAUCCGCAAUACGAAAUUGAAGAAAUUAGGAAAGGCUUUGACUUUGCUUUACUGAAGCUGAACCACAAGGUCAAACGAUGUAUGUUCAGACAUAUGGUUUGAGUUUUGUUGCAAAAGAGUCAGUGUUAUUUAAUGCAGACUAAUUUGAUUUAAGCAAAGUGUAUGCUCUCCUUCAACAGGGCUACUUUAUGAAAUUAACAGCUGUGCAUUAAGGGUUUCUCCAAAACAAAUGGUUCAAUCUGCCAUAUACAAGUAAUGCAGGAAGCUAUAAAAAAAGUUGUGUUCGUGUUGACGGUUGCAUUUAUAGUAAAUUACACUUUAACAUGAUCGUCAUGACUGUAAGUAUAUAAAUCACAAUAACUUGGAGAAAUGAUUUUACAACCAUCUUUGGACGACUGUGGGAGUUGUUAAUUAUGCUACAUAGAAGUUCACAUGCUGCCUACAUCGGAAGGCAGGAGUAUAAAAUUAUUGUUCUAACUACCACAUCUCCUUAUUGCUGAAGUGUCAUUUAACGUGUGAGCCAUCUUGAGCUUUUCAUACUAUAGAACUUUUCUUAUCUAAAAGACCUCCUGCAUAUGGAAUGAAAACUGGCAAUUCAACUUUUUUUAUCGUCAUAGCAAAGGUGGCGGAAUUCGCAUGUCUUGCGAAAUCCGGAUUGAAAUUCGAGGCUGGAAAAUUCUGCUACUUUGCCGGAUGGGGACUAAUUCCAAAUCCCCCAAAACCACCGGAUCCUAAUCAGCCGGAAGUGCUAAUGGAAGUACGAGGGCCAAUAGCAAAGAUGUCUGACUGUCAGAAAAGACAUCCUUUGCCUGACAGCAGAAAGCAUGUUUGCAUUGACGGCAAAUAUGGGGUAAGAUUUCCUUUUAGAAGGUACAAAGAUAAAGUAGAUCAAACCUAGUAAUUUGCUUUUUUGGUCAUUUAGGCUGUCCCUAGGAGCGAGAGUCGUCGAGUUAUUUUUUGCAGUUUUUUCACAUUCCAUUUCUCUGGCUGGUUCGCGAGUUGUCUGAUGCAGAUCUGUAUGGAAUAAAACACGUAGACAAUCCUCAAUAAAGAGUGAUACCUGUUCGGAGAGCGGAAAGUUCGUCGUAUCAAAAUCGUCUUCUUUGGAAAGGACAAACCAUCCUUGAGCUGUUCCUUAAACAAUAGAACGUUCCUCGUAAACAGUCAGACUGUUUUUGACGGCCUCCAGUGCCGCCACUGAGGGAAGAUGUCAGAAGAUUGUUUUAUAUGCCAACGCGACAUUUCAUUUCCUCUGGGCUACAAAUGGAAAAAAUUAAUUCAAACUAUAUCUUAAUAAACAGAUUCUACAAUCGCCUGGUUAGAGAAACAAAAGGGCAUAUAAUGUGAAAGCAUAGAAAAAAUAAUAGCAUUAAAGAAUUGUGAAUGAUAUAAAUAGAAUGAACGAGUCUAAUGAACUCGAAUAAGCGAAGACGUCGGGAGUUUUUAUAUUUGCUUAACUGCCAUUUCAUUUCCUCUGGGCCGCAAUUAGAAAAACUUAAUUCGAACUAUAUAUUAAUAAACAGAUUCUACAAUCGCCUGGUUAGAGAAACAAAAGUACAUUUUACAUGAAAACACGCCGAAAAUUAAAAAUUAUAGAAUUCCGAAUGCCUGAAAAUCACAUGAACGCACAGGACAAUCCAAUAUAACAAGACUAAUGAUUUGCUAUUCUUAACAUUCAGACUGCCUGUACGGGCGACAGCGGAGGAGGACUGCACUGUUUAACAGAAGAUGGCAAGUGGGUUGUCUACGGCGUAGCCUCUUACACCGGCAAAAAUUGCUCUGGAGAAUUCACAGUUUUUGCCCUGACUCCACCCGUGCUCGGCUGGAUCCAACAGAAUGUUGUUGCACAUAAUUGACCAACAAUUAUUUUGAUGUACCAUUUUACUUCAAAAUAGGUUUCUCCAAUAAACACACCAUCUGUUCCAUUUUACGAACAGUGUCAUAUAUAUAUAUAUAUUUAUACAUAGGCAGAGUAGCAUUAUCGACCAAGUCAAGGGAGGCCGGAUUGUUCAUUUCUGACUGAUUAGCCGCUGUCAGCAAGCCACACACAACCCAGAGGCGUACAAAUUCUACGGCUAGAUCCCAGAAACGGCCGGCUAGAUGUCCAAAUUCUUAUUCGUUGAGCCAUGGGCUAGUUCUCCUGUCGGUUUCGAUUGGCUAUAUAAAGUGGUCAAGGGGAUUUCACCGAUGACGUUCCGAAACUCAGUGGAUCAAUUGAGAAAGAGAGAGAUUUCAAAGGCACAGUGAGACAAGUAUGUAACAUAGUGCAAUCGGUGAGUGCCCCACUACCAACGUGGAUGUAUAUGCGGUAAAUUUGCCAACUCGCGAAAUGUUGGCCGAUUCGAAAAUAUUACUUAACUAGGGUUGCCACAUUAAUUAUCGUGCUGUAUAAUCCCAACUCAUUUGAGUUAUAUCGGGAUGUCGGCUUUUGAACGAACUACCUUCCUGCCGCCUGCAGAAGCAACAGUCCGUGAAAAUGACUGCUUAAGUAUCAUGAUUUUUUUCGAAUUUUUUAAAUGCCCCUAUAAAUUCAAAUGUACCUCAUUGGAAAGAUCGAUGACUUUGCAAGUGAUAAAGACAUUAGUUGGGCACGGUAAGUAGGCUAUCCGAGAAACGAAAAUAGCAGUAUCCCAACAAUUACAAACUAGUAAAUAAGAACAAAGUCGUCAGCAGGUAAAGGUGAGCGUGCGUGUUCUUUGUAUUAUUCAAAGUUGUGCCAAAGCGUAUUGCAACUGAUAAAAACAAAACGGACUUAAAUGUCACUACAAUACUCCCCCUCCUAGGAGAACGGAAUUCAAAAAAAAUAUUGUUCAUAGAAGGAAAAUUUGGGAGAGUCAUGUAUAUUGUACAAGUUGGUAACGGUCGGGAAAACGGACAUGACGACCGCUGCGCGUAAGGGGAGGAGUCUGUGGGAUAAGUAAAGACGCGGGGUUAUAAGGCUUAAAUGGAGUCUGGGAAAUAGCAAGUGGCAAUGUGCCAAGAGAGGAUUGUUCGGUUGGAGAACUUGGAAGAGGACCGGUAUUAGCCACCUUCAAGCGAUCGAUUGAGACUACGUCAGUGCGGCCUCCACGGUCCCUAUAAAUUCAUAUGUACCUAAUUGGAAAGAUGUAUGACUUCAUCUGAUCCAUCAGCUACAACGACUUCUGCUGCUUGCUUCUCAGAAGAGUAGAGCACUGAAGGCAACUUGCACGUGAAUUAGCUAACGAUAAUAUUGGACUUUUACCGCGUUUGCCACACUCUCCCCACCCCAGCCAUCUGGACCGUAUGUAGGCAGAGUCAGGAAGACCACGGGAGGUAUCCGAUCCAGAUGGCUGGUACGGCGUAAACCCUCACCAAGGUUUGCCACCACACCCCCUUACUAGACACAGAGGAACGUAGGCUGCUCUGAUAGCAAAAUUAGUAGGAGUGCUAUAAAUAUCAUAUAACAAAAUCGGAAAGCGAGAUGGCGAGCAUACGUAGCUUUGUGCAAUGAUUUACCGUAUUAGGUAUUAGCUAAAAGCCCAGACACGCGUGUUUCGCCGAUCUUAUGCCGCUUCCUGGCGCAGCUGCGAGGGGUUCGACUCGUCAGUGGGUCUCCCAGCUUUCCCCGUGUGUUUUCUGGUAUAUAAACUCCAGUUUCAACGUGUCUUCUUUAAUUUCCGAGGAAGCUGGCUUUCGAUAAAUUCUCGUCGGGCCAGUACAGUUAUAUAGGAACGAGGGAGAAAUAAAGGAGGCCAGCGAUCAGAGAAAUCGAUAAAAGGUCUACUUAAAACACAGGCGGGUUGUGGGAAGGUGGGGGAGGGGAGGGGUAAUAGCAGUUACUGUCUGGGGCGGGGUGAGAGCGGAAGUGCGCAGGGGAGUCGCACCCUUAGUCGACCUUCGACCACUGUAGGCGCGGGAGCCUGAACGUGAUUCCUCUGUGCGCAUAAGACUGGCUUUCGUAAUCUAAUGGCGGCCGCUUCCGCUGUCGCUAACAGGCGCUGGCCUAGCGUCUUAGGGUAGCUCGAUGGGACCUUAUAAAUUACACGAAAAGCUUCUUCGGGGUCCACACAAUGUCCGAAUCGACAACAUGUGCGAGAAUGACGCUGCUCAUGCCCCUCGUUUCACAUUUUACCAGCCAUGUCGUGAGGUGUUCCCGUAUUCACUUUGAUAAGCGCCGACUCAUGCGACAAAUAAAACCUGCUCCACAGGAGCAAGUGAAGGAAUAUAUGCACAUUGAGAUGGUCUGCGGUGGCGACUCAUCCUUACAUUCUCCUCGUAAAAUAGGGUUAGUAGAGAAUGAUUUUUGAACCCUUGCUACUGGGAAGGUUCGCGAGACAGCUUGAUCAAGUCGUCUCCCAAGGAGUUCACUCGCCGCGUCACAUUUGAAAGGGACCUUGAGGAACAAAGUUUUCUUUUCGGCGGUCGGCGUGUCGGGUUUGCAAUAAACCUGUCAGGAUACCCGUUUUCUCGAAGGAAGUCCUGGAUUUUGCUGAGCUUCUUCUCGAUAUUAUCUGUGCAAACUGACAUAAAUAUAUACCCCCGUGACAGCCGAUUCCAAUAAUAAGUUAAGCUUCAGUUCAGUUCCACUCAGCUCAGUUUAUAUGUGGGAAAGUAGGUGAGAUAAAAACUAGAAGCAUCGUUCAAUUUAUUUGCGAAUAUUAUAACCUCCUCAGCAUCAAUUAGUGAGUCCAGAGUAUACGAAAUUUGCAAGAAAAAUAUUUGGUGGCAUGACUGAUUCGGUAGGACGAAAACAGCAAGGCUAAUGGAAGUGCAGGAUAAAUUCGCGGAUGCGGAACACAAAAAACCUGACCUCCUGGAAAUGUUUGAAGUGAGUGCUUGAUUGAAAGGAGCGCAAACAUCUAGCCAUUAGCAACUAUUAGCUCUUUAUUGAAAACCCCAGAACAACAUCCUCGAUGGCAUCAUUUUCGAAAGAACUGCACAACAAGCGCAUUUCUGAUCAUAAAUUGCUCGGACAUACUUUACGCAGACGAAGUAGCAUUAGGGAAGACAAAGCAGCAGUUAUCGCAAAAAUGCCUCCGUUAAUUUGCUUUGAACUCGCUACGAAUGUCUGCAUUACCGCGGCCGCCAUAUCAGAGACGACGCGAACCCGCAAAAAACCCCCGCCUCCACCUCCAUUCUCAUGAAUCCAGAUUUAGUCUCUGGCACACGUUUUGUUUUCCUACUGACCGUGUGUAGAAAGCGCAGCGUGGAUUUUCCGCUGAAUACGGUCCUCACGUGACUGCUCCACGUCAAAACCAAGAGCAGAUGUCGCUUGAAGUACGUUGUAGGUUGACCUAAAGGCUGCGUGCCCGUUUUCAAGCACUUCCUGUGCUCAGUAGGAAACGAAAACAAUAACUGCUGCUGCUGCUGCCAAUUGUCGGGCUUGCCGGGUGGUGCAGGGGGUAGGGUGCAGGCGAGAGAGUAGGCAUUCGGUCCCAUUUCGACAUCUACCCUGAAUAGGCAGUUGCAGUCUGAAGUAUAUUUCGAUUUCUCUGAUUGUUUUUGCCGUGAAUGAAGUGCUGGCACGAGUUUUACGGGUUGGCACUACACGCGUUGUUUUCAUUAUCAGACAGAAAUGAUUGUUAAGUGAGACUAGCCAAUCGAUAACGUGAUCGCAUGCUAAGAGCAAGUUGAGAAAAACCAAGCAAAACGGCCGUGGUAGAAAAGACUUGGCUGUCAACGCCGACCAGAGGAUGACAAAGGCAAUGGGUGAAAAGUCAGUUAACUUGAAUCGUAACUCAUACCAGAUGGAGUCUACGCGUAACCGUUGCAUAAACACCGACUUAAACGAAUGUAAAUUAAUGCCAGUUGAGGAAAUUCUUACCAAGCAGAAUAACUAUAAAAAGUAGUGUAUAAGCAAAAAAUACGACGAUGGACUACUACAGUGCCCCCCGCCUGGACCGAAGGCCGGCGUUAAAGCGAUACCGAAGGUAAAUGUGAUGUUAAUGCAGUUGAGUGAGAUAGCGGUCGGGAAAGUGGACGCGACGGCUGCUACGAGUGGUGCGAAUGUCUGUGGCAUUGGAAGAGUAUGGGUCAGAGGUUUUCCUGCUAGGAGAGGCAGGAAGUGUAAUUUGAAUGGUUACUCAUAAGGGAGAAAGAAAGCUGGUCUAGCACCGAAACAGUCUGUUAGUUAUUCCAAGCUUUCAAACUCGUACAGCAGUUCGUCGUCACGGAUGGUAGCAACAUCAGAACCAGCGACAGCCAAAAGGUGUGUUAGUCAAACAUGGAUCGACGCGCAAGUGUAGAGGUGACUACGCCGGGCUGUGUACGCCGGCACCAGAUCGAUUAAUCGAUUGACCGAGUUCUCAUCCUAGGCCCAGGCUUCAAUUUAUUUACGGUUCCUACUGUUUGCGGCGUGGGCGACUAUUUUGGUGGCUGCGAGGUUAAAUUCGUGGCCCAAUUCGUAGGUGUGCGCGGCCACUUGUGAUAAUGCGUCGCCUCGUCGCACAGCCAGCUUAUGUUCGUGUAUACGCUAUCCGAGCAUGCGCCCAGUCUGUCUUGGGUAGUUACAAGGCCUUUUUGACACGGGAUGCGAUACAAUACUCCAGAUUGUAGCUCGUUCUGUUCUUGCUGCUAUCCCUGACGCUGGACUUCUGUACAAGUUAGAGAUCUCGGAACAAUAAAUAAAAUCUUCUGGUACACGACCAGCCUUUUUCCUUACUCAAACAUACGCAUGAAACUCAUACUUUCUCCUUUAUUUGUGAAGAAAGAAUCAAGUUAGGACAAUCCGCACAAACCACGCUUUGCUUGUGGUAUAGGCGCGUCCAUAUAUCAGUCAGUACAUUUGGUGUAAACCACAGAAGCCCUGUAAACUCCAUUUCGGCGGUACAGAUGUAAAGGAAAAUAGCUAACUCGGAAAAAUUUUGCAUGCAGUGUUAGUGAUCAGAAAGCAUAGAUCUAAUAGUGGAACAUAAAUUCGAAAAGGGUACGACAUUUGCGAAAUAAUUGCGAAAAACAUUGUUCACUGCGUUCGAGCUCUCCAAAAUUUCCAUAUCAGUCAAGUUUAAUGUUUAAAACGAUCUACUGUAAGUGUGUUAGUAGUAUGUUAAGAAUCAUUCUGUACUCCGCUAGAUCAGGCUUCAGCAGUUCGGGUUGCCUUUCAGCAGGUAAUUAUCCAGUUGUACCUUGAACACAUUCAUGGUAGGGGAAUUAAUAACAUACUCCGUCAAAGAGUUCCAUUGGCGAAUGACCAUCAGUGAGAAAAAGGAGAAACGUUUGAGGCCAUGAACAGCCUUUGUAGCACGUCGUUGCACAUCUAUAUCCUUCCGAAGUCACGGUCGCCAAGCCCGUGCCGCAUAUUCCAGCUGCGGCCGCACAAAUGUCCCGUAUACUUUGCCAAAGACAUCUUUAUUCAAGUGAAUAAACGUUCUUCGUAUCGCGCUCAUUACUGACAUUGUAGGCACUGUGACUUUAGAACACUGCGUAGUGACGCUUAGGUCGACUUUAAUGAAUACUCCGAGAUCUUUUCUCACAUCUAAGGUUUUAAGUGGUUGAUUGCCCAGGAGAUACCGCCGGUAGGGUACAUUCGUUCUUCGGGCUGUUGAUAUUAUGUGCAUUAUUGCACAUUUUUUGACGUUGAAGUUCAUGCACCAUUUCUCGCUCCAUGCGUGCAGAUUCUCUGCUUCCUCUUGUAUUAUCUUGACGUCAUCUUCAUCUUUUAUUGCUCUGCAAAGUUUAAGAUCGUCUGCAAAGAGCACUAUGUCCGAUGCAGUUUGGUAGCUCCACUAGAUGGACACAAUAGUGUCGGGGUUGGGGUUAAGGGCAAUGGGUAUGGGUUAGGUUUAGUGUCAAAGGUUAUGGUUAGGGGUUAGAGUUUAGGAUUAGUGAUUAUACUUAGGGGUUAGGCGUAGGGGUUAGCGCAACUAUUUUUCAACCAUUCAAAUUUCAACAGCGUAUCCCCAAUAGCUUUUGUUUUGCAUACGACUACUUCCCCUCGUCUCCUGUGCCUUUUCCGGUCCCACCUCUAAAAAUCCCUAUCACCGCCGGGCCCGUAGUAAAUGCGACUAGGGGUUAUUUACUUUAAGUGGGGCUACACAACCACAUUCGACAGAAGUGGCGACCAGAAUAGGUUCAGCUAAAUUUACUAGAGACAACGUUUGCCUAACUUCCUUUUCCUAGACUAUCGUUGUCGCUCAGCGGUAAGAUCGUGUUCGUAGAUCAUUAGAGGAAAUCCAGCCGGCUGACUGUCCAGAGUUUUCCCAGAAGGAGAGGAAGGGCACCGCCGGCUCAACUAUACGACCAAAAAAAAGAUAGGUAAAGAAUUAUUCGAAAGUGACUACAUGACUACAUUCUACAGUUUCAGGAGCAAACGUAUCGGGCAAUGCACCUGCACAAAGUCCCGGUGAUAUUUUGCUCGACCCUACGUCCCCUUUCACACAAUGUGGAUGGGCUGAUAGACCGGGCGGAUUCGGCGCAUAAAAUGCUCCUCGAAUACAGCGUGCGUUCAUGGGAGUCAAGAAGUUUCCAAAGAUGACGUCUUUUGCCAGCGACUAAUUGACGGUCAUCCGGGUUCCGAUCGUCCCAGCGAGAUCGCCCGCAUAGACAGUUAACCGCUGCCUAGCAGUCAAUCCAGCAGCAGUGGUCGCCUGGGAAGAGCUUAGGCGGGUCCAACAUAGAGUGCCUGUUGCGGCAUUCCGUUGGUUGCUGGCCUAUCAUGUGCCCGCUGACAGAUGUCCAAUAUAGGCAGGUCCUCAUGACUGCAGGAGUUGGCGGGGCACAUGCGACUGUCGCGGUUUGCGAUAACCAAACAUGCCAGUUUGUCUUGUUUGUUAAGUUGGGGGUUUCCCAUCAAGUGGGUUGUAAAUCAAACCAAACAGUGUGUGCAGAGCACAGCCCAUGCAGCCAUCACCGAUACGAUCGCGCAAAUCAUAGGCUGCCCUUGAAGCCUGACAUACCGCCAAGAUACAGCACCAGAGAUAGCACAACAGGUCAUACUUGAGAGCACAGACACUGGCUAGAAGUUCAGACACGUUUUUGCCGAUAUUCUGCCGCUUCAUGACAACUGCGAGGUGUUGGGCUCGCCUGUGGGUCCACCAGCAUUCUCCCUCUAGUUUUCUGAAUUGAGUGGGUAAAGCUACUAGCCUGUUCAUUGCUCUCCAAAGGCAAUAGGUUCACCCUGCAAGUUAAUGUUCCUCUAAUGCAUGACAAUGCCCUUCUGUGUUUUUGUCAGAAAUUUGUUGUUGGGUAAUGACUGACGUCCGUCGUCAUUGUUACUUUCUCACAACCUGUCUUUGCUGGCGGGCUUUUAAAAUUGAGCCGCCAUUUUUUGUUUUUUCCCUCCGGUCACAUGAAUAUUUAUUAAUUGCAUGCCCCAGUCUUAUUCCUUUGUUUUAAUUGAUCUGUUCCUAUAAGGUUGUCUUUACAGUACGCUAGCACCUUUUUAAAGGAGCUUAAACCCUGCGAAAUUUCUGCAUCGAUUUUUCCGCCUCCUGAUCAUGACUCUAGUGGUUGCACUUUGCGGCCAAUUUGUCGUUUCUGCGAUUGUCCUGCGUUGGCGUUCUCACGCUCCCAAACGCAACGAACUCACCGUGCCAGCAGCAGUUACACUCUGACAACUUGUCCUGUUUCUCGUCCUUCCUCGCUGGCCUUCCCACGCUCAUAUCAGUAAAGGACAAUUUUUCGAAAGCAACAUCGCCGUGGAUGGCAAGUUGCGCCUAAACGCCAGCCUAAAAACAAGUUGUCAAUCCCGGGUUUUCUUUCGACUAACUGUCGAUCGAUAUUUAACAAAACCCAUGAUUUGGAAUUACUUCUGUCAACCAAAGAACAUGGCAAAACAGGAGUAAUUUGCCUUCAGGAGACGUGGUUGAAUAGCCAAAUUGACUCGGAACUAAUCACUCCUUCGACAUUUUGUUGUUUUCGAAAUGAUAGAGCAUCUCCAACAGGCAUUAGAGGUGGAGGAGUGGCCAUUUUUGUCAAUCAAGACUGGUGUAUAAAUUUUGAUAUCAUCGUGCAGCGACACUUCAAAUCGGUGGAGCAAUUCGCUGACCGAAUUCUGAAUGAAACCGUCCAUCCCCUUCAUAAUGAGUUAAUGGCUGCGAAAUCCUUACGCCCCAUGCAUCGAUGCUUCCGCCACAUCCCUUGCCGCACUUCGACCUAUCGGAAUUCCAUACUGCCAUUUCUAGCCCGGUAUCUCACCUGUAAAGAUGUUGAAAAACAAAAACUAAAACUCGAUCUUGCACCUUAAAGUCCUUUUUUCUUCAUAUAUAAUUAUGUCCACCAGUCCAAUACCUGUUAAUCUCUAUGGUAAUUACUGUGUACUGGAAAACCGUUUUUGCUGAAAGUUUUGAAAGUUAUUUUCAAAAUAAAGCAUUCCACUCUCUCUCUCUUUGCUGCCCAAAGGAGGACACUAGGACGGUAUAAUAGAACCGAGGAGGGACUCCUAUGCUAACUGCAUAACAAUUCCCCUGAUACAAGUGACCAUACAUGUUUUGUGUAGACGAUGGAUUGUAUCCGAAAGGGACGGUUCAGAUUCUAGCCCACAUCGACCACACCGAGGAGGUGCCAUUGCAGGCUAACUAUCCGUCCUAAUAGGAAGACCGGGUUACCCCGAAAAUGAACAGUUUCUCCAUUUACGGCAUUUUAGCAAAUCGUGAUUGAUUGUGGGCACAUGAGAUUGGGGAUACUGAGUGCUUAGUGGACGGAGUCCGCAGAACGGAACUCACUAUCCCCCUCGCAGACAACGGAACACUCUCGGAGCCGGUCAGGCACCUCAUCCCACGGGCUUGGCGCAGAUGGCUGGAACGGCCUUGUUCUGCACCAAUUAGAAAAGGACUUUAAUAAGUUCGUGGAACUAGCUGGCGCGCAGCACAGUCACAAGUCUGUUCAAUUAUUCCCGAAUAUGAGCGAGCUUCUUUGCAGUCGCUCGCAAAACUACUCUGGACGUAAAUUGAAUACUUAACUUGUGUAAAUUUCCCGAUCGAUUUUCGAUGGCUUUAUAUAUUAAAGUAUAUUUCAAAUAAAAUGUACAUAAAAGCAGCCCUUCUUGGGCUCAUUUGACGGCAAAUUUUCCCUUCUUCAGAUUAUGUAUUUGAAGGAAACAAGCGUAAUUUCGGCCCUCAGAACGUUUAAAUUUAAUUUGUAAGACUACGAAAAAGCUUCCCACAAAGCAUUGUAUCCGGCGAUUUAUUAAGUUUGAUUGUAAAGUUUGCAAUGUAAUCCACAUUUACUGAAAACGUUACAAACUCUACAUGAUAUCUUCCUAACAGCAUACAUUUUCCUAACAAGCAAGAUAGACAUAUUAGGAAUUGUAAACCCUGAACGUAAGGGAAACGUCAGGUCAGGUUCUAAAUUGGUCGGCAAAAGGGAGGAUGUUUCGAACUCGAAUAAUACGCUUUCUCCAAGUAUAACAUUUGAAGAAAGCGUGAACUACUACAGUGUAAAUAAGAGAAAGAAUAUUUUGUGAAUUUUUUCUAUGAGUUUUAUUUAGGUGUAUAAGGGCGUUGAAAAUCAACGCGAAAGAUUUAUUCUAUAGUAGAUAUGCUAACUCAUGAAAUGUUAACCGAAAUUCUAAAAUACGUCUUUAAUGUAUAUCACCUAUAAUAAUUCAGUCACUCUAGGCUGCCGGCUUUUAAAAAACUUCUGUUCGGCCACCUGCAAAAAAACCUAUGUAAGAGAUGUCUGCUAACGCAGUACAAAUUUUUUCCCUUUGAUUUUCGGUGCUGUUAUAAAUUUAAAUAUAUUUCAUAGAAAAACAUGCGUUAAAAUAGCCAUUAGUUUUUUGAUUUAGAAGAACAUUGCGUCCUCGUUAAAUUUUAUAGUUAUAAUCGUUUCUGAUAUCGGGGCAAUGUUGAACCAGACCUGCAUUACCUUUUCAUUCAGGGUUUCCAGAAUACAAGCUGUGUACUUUCCGUGUACGGAAAAUCAUACACGGUUUUAAAAGAUGGCCAUAUAUGGUUCAUAAAUGUUAGCGGUGGGUAUAAGCCAUGAUGUAAACUUUAUAAUCAAAAUCACUAAAUGAAUAAACGCGAUGUCUUAUGAACGAGCAUUUCGUGGUCUUGAAAAUAUCUUAAGUAUUAACUUUUUACAUCGAAUCGUUCUUAACCCUGAAGUAUAACAUUUGAAGAAGACGUAACAUUCUUCCAAAUGAUCAAAAUAAUAUAUUUUUAAAAGAAGCCUUUUGAGGAUUCAUAAAACGUAGCAGUGCAUAAAGGCAGCGAUAUGGCCGUUUUCGGCCUUCAACACGAAAGGGGAUAAAGGGAUGCUGACAUGCAACACAAUGAAGUCGCACAGUGUUGGGCUGGAAGAUACGUCAACGGCAAGAAAUUCAUGUGGCGAAUUCUUUCAUUCCCCAUCCAUGAGCGAAGUCCAGGUGUUGUUCGCUUGCAGUACAAUUAGAGAAUGGGCAAUGCGUUUACUUUACCGAUGCAAACGCAUAAUGCACAAUGGCGCAAAACAGCGCUCGGGGCCCCUGAUCGAACACUGCAGGAUUUGCGAGGAAACAGCAGACCAUUUCUGAUGCACCGCUACUGCUUGAAGGAGAUUUCAGGCCACCACUGCUUCGAUCGACACCGGUGGACGAAAUAAAUGCCAGCCGUCACCACUUACUCCGGAAUUGCCGAGCGCGACUGGGUACAGCAAACAAGUGCCCUGCCUUCGACAGCGCCUAGAAGGACAAUCCUGGGUUUCACACACAAUACGUGCCGCCAACAGGUGGCCUUUACAUUUUUCUCAAUUGAGAACGUGCUCCUUCAUCUUUCCCUUAUUUCCCAAUUCAGCAGAUCGAGCCACAGCAAUGUGUAGCGGGGUCCGGCUAUUUUUUAUAUAAUUUAAUUUGUGCAGGCGGCCGAAAAGAAGAUCCUUUAACAGCUGGCAUCCUAAUGUAUCUGCCUACAACAUUCCUGACUGUCUUGACACCCUGUUUCGGUAGGGUUAGGGGGAGGGUGCGGCAGAUGCAGCGCAAGUCUGUUGUCAGGACAAAAACAUUUAUGCAGAUGUCACCGUCCCUGAGUCCACUCUACUAGAGGACUUACGGUGGACACGGUCGUAAUCGACGAUUAAAUUAAAUUCCUUUUCUCAACACGUCUUGAACGUUUGUGAAACUUUGCAUAAUACACUUAAACGUAGCCAUGCUCUAGCGAAAUCAGUCCUAGCCUGGUAUGCUGGCACGUACGUUACCGGCGUUUGGCGAAAAUUUGUGAACCAGACAGACUGUGAGCUGUUGGCCUUUCUGUCGAAAAGCUGUGGCAAUUCUUGCCUGGGUCUACGAGAUACUGACGCUAUAAGAAUUGAACCUGUCAUUUAUUCCAAAAAACGGUCCAUGGGGAAUUUUCACUGCAGACACUUAAAGUGCACGGAGUUCUCAUUUGACCCUCAGAAUUCGCGUAGUAGGCCCUCAAACAUAAGCUGACCAAGUACAGUAGGUGGGCUAACUCAUAAAAUACUAUGGGUUAGCACAAGAAAAUCCCUAUAAGGCGAAAUCCGUCCAACCUGCGUUUCCUAAAAUCCUACGGCAGUAAAAAAUGACUGUUCUUAAAAAGAAGACAUAGUUGGGGUCAUAAAUUAAUAUUUCCUAACGUAGAAAUAAACAAUUUCACUGAAAAACUGAAAUGUCAGAAAAUGUCCGUAUUACAAGUUCACUUAAAUAGGUCUAAAUUUAAGAGUGCAAAAUGAAGGGGGACGCUUGAAAUGGUGAAAAUAAUGUAAAAUAAUGACAAAUCCAAACGACCAGUACUUUGUGGAUUAUCCAUUUGCAUCAAUCACGGCUGUGAGUCUUUCAGACUAGAAGAUGGUCAGAUUGUACACAGUAACUUGUUCAAUGUGAUUUUCCAGAAAAAAAUCGUGUUUCUCAUGCAUGGACGUUUUAUUAUUACCAUUAUGCCAAUGUCUUUUGAUAAGUGCGAAAGGAUUUUCGAUGGGACUGACAUCUGGAUUGUAAUACGUGUUCUACUUAAAAAGGGCUUGAUCAUGGCUUUUUGUUGAUGAAGUUCAAAUUAUCGAAUUCUUUUUCUAAUUAUAUCCAAAGAGAACAUCGGCAGAUAUUUCCUGUGAGUGGUCUUAAUGGGCAUACAAUGAAACUUUUUUAGUGCUCGACGAAUAAAAUCGUCGUCCUGUUUACUUGUGGAACGUCUUUGUCCACUCUGCUUCUUUUUGGGUACGGUUCUGUCAUGAAGUAGUCGCCACAGAGUAACCUUAGCAUUAUUAAAAAUACUUAUUAGCGACUCACUUGACCACCCUUCCGCGGCUAAUUUCGGCGUCCUUUCACAGUCGACUGCUGAAAGACAUUGCCUGGAUAUGUUCAUUGUACGGCAUGACACGCAUGUAGCGCGCACAUUGGUUCUCGGUGUGGUAAAGCAAACUACUGCAGAACAAAAUUAUUACCAAAUUUUAUGCCAUGAAAUGCCAAAAAUUUACGAAAAAGAAUUCUUGAAAAAAACGAAAAAUCCCAAGCUUCCCCUCACCUGAUUUUCUUCGGAACAAAAUCGAAUUUUCAAGUUACCAUAGCGUAGGAAAUUAUCUGGAUAUCAAGGACACUCAGAUUUAGCCCACAUCUGGCGUCUUUGUCCUUAUUAAAACGGACUUGAGAUAAACCUUUUUUCAGUAAAUGGCUUUCUGCGUCCUAACUCAUUUUAAUAAACACAAAUAAGAACGCCAAAUGCGUGAUAUACUUCUUGCUCAAAUUUCGACCAUGACACUUCAAGAGUUAGGCCACCUACUAUAAGCUGUCUAAAAUCUCGCAUCGGCAAAAUGUACGACCUAUCGUUUUUAAUCUUCACUGUAUUUGAAUUACCAGAGUAUGGCAGAUAGAUCCUAUACACAAAAGAACCAAAUGACACAGUUUGUACUUGAUAACUUAUGGACGUACAGUGGGUGGGCUAAAGCAUGAAAUGUCAACCGAAAUUACGAAAGGGAUUAUUGUUUCGAAAAGGGUUAUUUAAGUAGUGUUGUAAAAUUAUUCAUCAUGCAGCAUAAUUCUAUAGUAAUUCAGUUAUCUCAGGCUUUUGAACAAACGUCUUUCAGACUGCAUGCACAAACUAUUCUCUCUAAACAUGCCUGCUUAAUUAUCAUGCAUUUGUUUUAUUGUGUUUCAGUGUCCCUAAAAAUUUCAUCAUAUUUCAAGUAGAAGUGUGCAUAAAAAUAUAUAUUCUUUUAUUCAUUCAGUAGAACAUGACGCCUUCAAAUGUUAUGCGCGAAGGUAUGGUAUAAUUCGGCUUUCAAAAGCUAUUUCAACUGACGAAUAAUUUUGAACUCCUACCUGCCAUCGAAUUCGCAUUCAGGGUUUCCAAACUACAAGCCGCGUACGGAAAACCAUACAUUUCUUGACGGUAUUAAGACGAAGCCCUAUGGCGUUCAUAAAAUUUUCUAGUGGAUUUGAGCCAUGUUGUUAACUUUACAAGCCACACUCGGAAAUGCAAAGACAUGACGUUUUAUGACCGGGCAUUUCACGGUAUUAACAAAUCUUACAGACAGAAGCCUUUCUGAAUACACUCAUGUAGAGUAAAAAAGUAGAAGAACACGUCGUUUUCUACCGACGAUGCAAAAGGGUGAAUAUUUUUAAGCAUGUUUUCUAUGAAAUUUAAUUUCAUAUGUAAGGGCAUCUAAAAUCGAUGAGGGGAGUGCAUGCGAAUUAAGUAGCAAUUUUUACAGAGAUUAAAUUUUACAUUCAGCCCAAAGACCGAAUUAUGCUGCGCGAUGAUUAGUUUUGCAACCAUACUUAAGUAAAAAUUUCUAGACAAGGACGCAUUCCGGAAUUUCUGUUAACAUUUUAUGCGCUAGCCCACUUACUGCAUGCGAUCUAUACCUCCAAGAUAUUGUGUGGACAAACCAUUUUGUCCUUUAAAUGGUUGGAAAUAUCACCUGAUCACAAACGCCAAUAUUAUUAAGGGACUUCCAACAACUGGGUGUAUGCAAUGUCCUUGUUUGUACGUAUUUCUAUGACACACUCGAUAUAGCCGACGUUUGAUCAGAUUUUAAAUAAGUCAGUUUAAGUCAGUUUAAGUCAGUUUAUUAAGGGAAUGAGGCUUUCGCCCUUGAGCACCCUAUUCAUGUCGAUAAACAGAAAUAAAGUCAUCAAUUACAUCAGCAAAUGCGAAAAGUUAAGAAGUUAGCGGUAAGUGUGAGCCAGGCGCAAACUGCCGCCGCUAAAACAAUCAUGAUUGUAUGUACAGUAGGUUCUCAACAAGUGAGCGUCUAGUCUGCACUUAAAGGAUUUAACACUUUCGGAAAGAACGACAGCAUCAGGGAGUCCAUUCCAUGCCCCGAUGACCCUGUGUGAGAAGGCGUUCCGUCGGACGUCCGAAUUAGCCCGCUUCCUUUGCAGUUUGAACGGAUGACCACGCAGACGGUCAGUCCGGGCCAAUUCAAAUGAUUCAGUUUCGCCCAACAUUGAAAAACUCGAUGUACCCAGGACUUGUGCAAUAGUUAUUUCUCUUAAGCAACUACGACCCGUACUCCACCUUACUCAUUCUGCACGUUUUAUAAGUCGUCUUGUACUAUGCAUUGAAAGUUUUGGUUUUCACAAAACCCUACCGAUUUGCCGACUUACAAAUAGCGGAGAAAUAUUUCUCAACAUCGGAAGUGCUUUCUCAACUGAAUCGAAUUCGGAUCAAAUAGACUUAAAUGCAAACCAGAGCAGAGACGACCUGCAGGCGUGAGUGGAGAGUACUCUUUUCGGCGCCAACUAGUUGAGCUGGCAUCUGACAUGGUAGCUGCUUCUGAAUAAGCAGCAUUAUGAUGGGCGAUAUUAAUGCCUUCCUCAAACACACUUCCUGCGCGAAUAAGUCAACAACCGGUCUUACUGCUUCUUAAAAUUUACUUCGGCACGAUGCAGACAAUAAAGUUCAAUGGACAAAACAAUUAAACAUAAAUGGCGAAUGUUCUUCCCAAUGCAAGAGCGCACAUAUAAUUUCAAAUAUUUUUUCUUUUUUUAUCUUUAAACAUUUGCUAACAGGAACAAGAGUCUUCCUGUCACUUCGAUUAAUUGAUGGCGAAAUUGGUUGAAAGUGUUCUGCAUGAUUACAAUCCUUACUGCCCUACCACUUCAUAUCUUGCACAAACACCGAUGCUGAUAACAGUUAUUGACAUUGAACUUGCAACAAAUCGUGUGUGAAAUUAAAAACGUUGCGGAUGAUUACUUUCGCCUGGAAGCAGUGGAUACAACGGGCUAUAUGAUGGCGUGAAAUUUGGUUUUUUGGACUAGCCAGUGUGGAUUUCUGUUAAUAAUAAAACAGUUGCUUCACGAAACUCUUUCGACUAUUUUCCCUGUUUGUCAUUGCAGACAAUGUUGCUAGAGCAGAAAAUGACACUUGUAUGACUAGUAAAACGAAUGAAAAGCUGCCGUUUCCGGCAAGUUCUGCUUUUAGAAGACCAUUCGCAAACCAUUCACCAGAUGUGACCGGGAGAAUACGUACAGUGCGUGACCGAUCUCAUGAAAUGUUGGCCAAAAUUCUGGAAUAGGUUUCCAAAUAGGAAGGAUAACUUAAGUGGGGUUGUUAUACUGAUUAUCAUGCGGCAUAAUCCAGUAAUGUUUCCGACUCGCCAGGAUGUCAUCUUUUGAAUGCACUUCAUAUUAACCUCCUGCAGAAACCACACUGGGUAAAAAGGACUACUUACGUGGCAUGCAUUUUUCCAAUUGAUGUUCGGUAGUUUUAAACGGUGAAAUAUAUUUUACAGAAAAGAUGAACAAAAUAUGCUUCCUUUGGCUCAUUUGGUAGGAAAUCACAUUGUGCUCAUAUUUUAUGCCCGAGGAAAGUGCAUAUCUAGGUUUUAAAAAGUAAUUAUUUCUAAACGAGUACGGUUUCUGCAGGAGGUCAAGAAGGAGUGACUUUAAAAGCCGACAUUCUGGCGAGUCCGAAAUGCUAUAUGUUUAUGCCGCACGCUUGUCAGUAUUACAACUCCACCUAAAUAAUCCUUCCUAAUCGAAAACGAAUUUCAGAAUUUCGGCCAACAUUUCAUGAGGUUGGUCACACAAUGUAUUGCAGUGUUACUGCUCGGUUGGUUCGCAAACACGAUUUGGCUAGUAGGCUAAGAACAAAAUCGAGCUGAUAUGUGCGAGCUGCACCAGCGCCGGUGCCAGAUAAGGGCACGGCACGCGUUAUUGUCAUGUGAGCCCACAUAAAUGACAUACAGUGGAAGGGGGUGCAGUGGCGCGCCUAGGUACAGGAUUGUGCCGCCUCAAUUACACGAACCCGGCCUGCCGCCAGUCAUCUUGACUCUGUGCUUGCAACGAAUCCAGGGAUGUACGCAGCGGGAAAUGACUGUGGGAGAUGGGGCACGAGAAAGUAAUCGCCAACGAGCCCAGACCGCUGCGAGGCGCGUGGUGGACAUUGUCAGGUUCGAACUGCUGCAGGACUGUUUGGCCAACUGACAGUUGCUGAUACUGAACAAGUAUCCAUUACGAGGCAGACAUUUACCCUUACAACUGGUAAUAUGUGAAUCAUCUCGUCCAAAAAAUAAUGCGUUCUUUUAAUAUUUCAUCCCAAGGUCGAUUUUUUCAGUAUUAGCACAGAUGAACUAGGAUUGUCGAUGCAAUGCCGGUCUUUAAAAUACGUUUCUGGAGGAGGAAAUGCUAUACAGCAUCCUACAGAAAUUUAGUACUUUAAAUGUUAUGUGCAAAACGUGAUACGUUCUAGAGCAGGUGUUCAUCAUAAUCCUCAGUCUUACUGCUUUACGUACUUCUAACAUGUCGCACGAAAGUGACCUCUUCUGUUGUUCAGUAAAAAGACCCAGUCUUGAUAGCUAGUGUGAGUCUAAGGCAUGCCAUUGGCUCCCCCCAGCAGAGCCCAUCGCAGUACACGAACCAAGACAAUCCGAAGACAUUUCACAGAGGUCAAAUGAGUUCAGUUGUGGACACCUAACAUAAAUAGCGGGUUGUGCACAAACAGCGCUUGUAAUCUACGCACAUCUACGCCAGCGCCAUGCUCCAACGUGCACUGCUGCUGCUGCUAACCUCAGUACUGACGAUCGGUGAGUUUCUUAAAAACCGCUUUGCAAUGUAAUAAAUUCUUUACACCUGUUACUUUGGGACUCAGCCAUUUCACAUAAAGCACUCGGCAGACGUUACCUUGACCUGUAUGGCUGCUUGAAAUAGCAGAAAUAAAAACUUGAGGAGGCAGACCAAUUUCACAUUGCAAAGUGCGAUGUUCCUCGAUUGCCAUAAAUUCCAACCUCCAUUUCCACCAUUUAGCCGACAACCCUGCUCAGAUGUCAUUCGGAAGAUACGAGAUUUCGCAGUCUUCGGGCCCAUAUUCGUUACAAGUGCCAAUUUCCAACGAGGCUUCGGUAAGCCUCGCUUCAAUUUCUACAAAGGACAUAUGAUCAAUUUUCGUUCCCAUAUUAAUUUAAUGCUAUCGGCUAGUUAUUUAACCGAAUUUCUCUCAUUUCCCUGCGUAGGAAGUGACCUUCACCAUUGACGAGGACGUAUUCAUAGCCGUUAACGGCACAUGCCAGCUGAAUUCAUCCAAAGCAUUUGCAUUUUCCUGCCCCGUUGAAUGUUGUAAGUCUAUCUGAAUUUCUAUGCUUGUCGUCACUGACAGCUUAAAACCCAACGUAAAGCAGCUACUGAAUAUACACCCUGAAAAUGUCUGGGUAUUUAAACAGAACUUCUCAUAGCUUUUUUUCGUCUUUGAGGAACACGUCGUAUUGCAUCGUGUUUUUUGUUUUAGCUUUGCCACAGUGUCACGUGAACAUUACUUUGCCCGAUGUUUCUUUCUUUGAAACUCUCAUUGUCAAAGUAAAUGAAUCACAUAAGGAUCUCUACAUUCAUGGUAAGCAAAGAUGCGACCGUGAGAUGGGUAUUUUAAACCUCUCAUCGUUUUUUAUUUAGCGCUUGCCUACUCGAGCAUUACCGAAAACAUAACCUCUGAAAUUAAGCCAUUAUUUAUAUUUGGGAUCCAUCGAAUAUAGUGGAUUUUUCCCAGAGUAAUCCAGGGAACGAACGUUGUAAGUGAAAAUUAACAGUAACCUUCCUUUUCGAAGCGCCUUUCUCGAGCCCCAUAAACGCCCCGUAAACGUUCAGUGAAAAACAAUGAUGAACUGGUUGCUGUCUUAACUAACAUUUAAAUGAUAAUAGGGUUUUUAUUAAAUCAAGCUUUGUCAGGCUAUAAACUGGACGUUUGCAGUUUGCUGCACGACAAACAGCUCGCUUGCAAAAUGAAAAGAUGUAAACCAACAUGUCCAAAUACACGUGCCUUUUGCACAGUCAAAAUCAGUGUAAGAUAUAUAUUUGAACAUUGCAUGAAUUAGCAACAAAAAACGUAAGGUAAAUGCAAAUGAAAGACGACUGCGUAAAGUUAAAGUAUUCAUCAAAAUUUCUCAGGCGAAAUACUUGAUUUAUUAUUGCCUCUUACAGGGGGGACUAUGAUUCGCAUAAUGAGAGUCGUAGCGAGAACAAGCUGACUGAUUUAGAUCACGAUGCAAAAACGUUUUGGAUAUUUGUCCGGUCGCAAACCAAGUAAAAAGAAUAAUGAACUGACCGUUCUCCUGUCAUUACUUUUGCACAGAUAUCCCCUCCUUUGACAGUGUACGCCCGGUUUUUACUCAGGAACGCGGACCAUUUAUAUUUACGACGCUUCUACCAGGCAUGCCGGAGGUAAGUAAGAAAAUCACGCACUAAUCUACCAGUCGAUCAAUUUGAACAGGAACCGUAUCUACCUUUUGAAUUGCGCUAUUUUCGUUUCCCGUAGUUCGUGCUCUUCCAGCUGAAGCGCUUUGAUGUGCAAACUCAAGAUGACACAUGUAUGAUAGUGACAAAUGAUGGACCUAUCCACUGUAAGGUUGUACAAGGCAAGUGGUUUGGUAUUUUUGCUGUAUAGUAUAUGCUAUGCUUUAUGACCUGCCGUACUGGCAACCAACAAUACUGCCAAAACCUUGGUAUUUAAUGUGUGAUUUCGGUUAUGCGUUCCAGUUGUGAAAUUAAGGCUCUGGUAAUUUUCUCAGAAAUCGAUUGUUUACUUAAGAUAAAUGAGAUAGGAUUGCGUGGGCGCAUGUCAGUCACCGCAGAAUAACCACGUUAUUUUCAUAAAUUGCCAACAGUUAGAAAUAUGCAUAUCCAUCAGCAUUAUUCCGGAAUAAUUCGGUUAUUGAGGAAUCCAUUUUUUGAAAGAUAUUCCUUCCGGUGUUCGCAAAAGCUAAUCUCUCUGAAAAUUGACGACUCAGGCAGCUUGGAUUUUUCUCGGUGCUUUUCGACACCACUAUAAGCUCAAGUAUUUUUCAUGGAGGAUAUGCAUAAAAAUAUCCAUUCAUUUGCUUAUUUGGAAAGGGAAUUAUUUUUUCUAAAUUUACUCUUGCAUGUAGGCCAGAGUUAAGUUUCAUAGAAAACUUUUUCGAUUCCCGAAUUAUUUUGAAUCCAAAUUGCCGUAACAUGGGCACUCAGGAUUUCCAAACUACCAGCUGCAUAUUUUCCGUGCACAAAUCAUGGUAGAGGGACGCUCGCCGAUCGUUUCUGCGGAACACUUUAGUCGUGGUGCGCCUUACGGGCUCUCUUUCGAGUCCAACCAGCAGCCGCUCAGCGGCGCAUGAUAUAGGCAGGAUAGUAUUACCGACAAAGAAAAAGGAGACUGUCUUUGUCGGUAAUACCAUUGUGCCAGAAAGCCUUAUGCGUUAACCUAGGGUAUUAAGAGAACAGUCUGUGGGGUUCACAAAAUGUAACAGUAAAUUUGAUCCACAUUGCAAAUUACACAAGCAACAUUAGCAAAAACAGGGACACAAUGUUUUGUGAAUGGACCUUUCAGCAUUUAACAACUCCCAUAAUUUGAAACUCUUCUAAAAUCAAAUUAUGUCCUUGCUGCAAGUGAAGGAUUUAAAUCAGGUUCAACUGUUUGAUCAAAUUCAUAAAAGAAUAAAUAUUUUCAUGCAUAUGUUAGGCGAAAUGUAAUCAAAUGUAUAAGGGUAUUGAAAAUAAAUGAGAAAAAUUCUUAUUAUAUGAGAAGUUACCUUUACAGAGCAUAGUCUUUUAGGCUGCGGGAAGGAAGUUUCAUUAAAAGCUGGAAUCCUGAAAUAGCUUCAUCACCACAGAAGUAUGAUGCAGGGUAAUUAACAUAGCAAUACUACUAAGGCACUCUUUUCCAGUCCCUGAGGAAUUUAAAAAUUUCAAACAAAAUUUCAUGAGUAAGCUCAUGAACUACGCAAAUUCAAGCGAAGUGGAAGGGAAGCAUUCAAAGAAAUAUAAUUUGGAAGCAGGCAUAUUGUUUGGGAAAACCGUGGACAUUUACUGGGAAGUGUUUUGACGCUGGUUCCUCUGGACAUCCUCAUAAUUGAGUAAAUGUGAAAAAAACAACUAAUUUUUCCAACUUGCUGAAAAACCGCUAUUCAUUUAGCACUUGAGCCAGAAAGCGGCCGCCGUUUGUGUGGUUCGCUAUUCUUUGACUCUCGUCCCUCCCAAUUUUUUGUGAGAUCUUUCUGCAUGAGAUCUAUCUCGAUGUGUUUGCUUAUGUAUGAUUCAUCGAAAUGCAUGCCUUCAAUACACCUUCGGGCAUUUCGGAAGAAUAAACUCCGAUGAUGCUAGUUUUGUCCCAUUCGAAUGUGCGCCAAAAUUCAAGGGUGCGAAUGACCGUUUGAGACAGGUUGCCUCUCCUUUUAGCUCUCAGUUGGUGUUUGUGAAUGGAUUGACGAACAGAUUGUCCCGUUUAGCCAAGAUUUGCGGCAUCUGGGGUAUUUAAUGGGAUCUUAAAGACGACUUGCCUGUUAUCGAGAUCGCAGACACUCCCUUUAGGGUUCACAUGCCUAGUUCGCAAGGUAGUCGCCUGCCUCUGCGCCACAUUUAUUUGGUGAAUGCUCAAGAGGCGUCCAACGAGUUCAGACACAUUCCUGAUGUAAGGAUGGCGACUCCUCCCAUUCUGACUAGGGCUCGGCAUAUUUGUUUCGCUAGGAUGCUUCCUGGUAGAUACUUUAGUUUACAAAUGUGAGCUUGUUAUAUUCAUAUAAAUCUAUCGUAAGCCUUAAAUAAUGCAAUCUAAAUUCACCUUCACGGGCUCAACAUAUGAGUUAAAAUGGAUACUUGGAUUGACGUCCACCAGCUGUCUCAAUAUUUAUACAUCGGAAAAAGGCAACCAACGGUAUGCACGUGACAUUCAAUUUACCAUGAUGACGAGAUAAGUAGUGUUUCAUCCGCGCAGCUUUCUCAGAGAUUAGUCGGAGUGACUUAAAAUGCGCACAAAAAUACUGUGAUGAUGGGUGGGUUAGCCAAAGCGUUUUGGGGAUCAGUAAUGACGUAAAGACUGUCUACAUAUGAGAUGUGUAUUGUCGCCUAAAAUUUUAACUGAAAGUCUGAAACAUGUUUUGAAUUUGGAAAGAUAACUUAUAUAAAGUUGGAAUAAUAUUAAUAAACUUGCAGUGUUCUCUAAUACGUUCCAUUCGCAGAAGGUUACUGGCUUCCAAAUGAACAUUUCUAUACCUCUGUAAAAACCAGUGUCCAUAAAAUUGAAUACAUAACUCCUAUAGUAUUUUCCCACUUGUUCUAGGCGCUCUUAUAAAUUCUAAAAAAUUAAUAGAAGACAUGCAUACAAUAUUGUUUAUAUUACAUUUGCGUGUUCGUCAAAUUCGCUGCUUAAAGAGCAAGUAUUUUUUUGAUUCUUAGGAAAUUUUUUCAGUUUCCAAAUAAUUUAUCAUCUUACAUGCCCUUACAUUCGCUCUGAGGAUUUGCCAAUUACAUUGUGUUAAGUAAUUAUCACAUAUUAACCUGUGCCUUUUGGAAGACGCCAUAUAGAACUCGUAUAACUGCGCAAUGGAUGUGGUGGAUGUUAACUACCGCAUAAGUGACAUCGGUAAACCUGCCGGUACGACGCUGUACAACUCGAACUCUCAUAGUCUCAAAAACUGUAAAUUAUCAAUGUCUAUCUCCAAAGUGUUCGUAGUCAUAAUUGCCAAUUUGUAAUACCAAAAGACACUCUUCGUCAGGUAAAAAAGUUGCGGAAAACGCAAUAAGCUGCUAAGCAGUUUCAAGAACGAAGAAUUUCACGUGCCAGAAAUUUAGUAAAAAAAUGACAUGUUGCCUUUGCAGUCAUAUUUUGCAGGGUGCAAUCUCUGAAGACGACCGAAAGGGCGUUUAUUCAAGGCCGGCAUCUUGACGCGGCUGAACACUUUUAGAGUGAUGCUGCGUAAACGUUAAUAUUCGAGCCCUACUGCAAAUCUAAACAAAUCGAAAACAUAUUUCAGAAUAUCACUUAAAAUCUCAUGAGACUGCGCAUCUACUGCAUAUGCGUAUUUGUAGCCGGUCUGUGUACAGAGUGCGGUCAGUCAUUCUAUCUGUAGACAAAACGCUGGAGAAAUUAGUGAUUAGUUGAGUUAACGUACAUUUGAUCCGACUCUUCAUAUCACACCCCCGCUAUCGCACAUAAAUAACGCCAGAUCCAGAAGGAAAAUGAUUAGAGUUUUGUUAUUUUCAAACGUGUUUUAUAGCCAUCAGAGAGAAAGUCAGUUGAGCAAGCUUAAGCGAAAAACCAAUAGAAAAGUCCUAAAAUGUCUCACUGUAUAUUCCUGAUGUGUUGAAGUCUGCACAAACCUGGCCAGAGCAACGGCAUUUAAGCUAUCACAUAUGUUGAGCGUGAAGAUUUGCCACCAGCUCGACACUUGUUCCAAAUGCAAAUUCGACCAAUGAUUCCAGACCAGAGCAUGUCCACUUGGAUCCCCCUUUAAGUUCAAAGCCGUGCGGAAUCGGGUAUCGGAAACCGCUCCUCCAGAUCUCUGAUCCCUGCAAGCCCGUUGUCAGAAACAAAUAUUCCAGAGAUGGCAUUCCAAUCGCAGUUGUUUCGCCUGGUGCGACAUUUACGUUAAACUCCGACUUGAUACUGCCAUCACAUAAUACGUUCUGUUGAGGACGCGUGAACAAUAGAUAGCGGUAAAGCAAAAGGACCGUACGCCUUUAAUGACCCCUCACUCGUUUUCACAGGGCAGACGCUAACUGCCGAACUCAUACACCCUCUGUCUAGCAGGAGUUUGAUGUCGAUGUAGACUGUCAGAAGCACGAUAGAGGAAUGAAUUCGUAUUCAACAAUCACAUUCCUUUCCACUUGCGGCCAUUGUCUGGGGAAAUAACUUCAAGGCUCAUUAACAACGUGCUUUGGUUUCUGUUUAGCCAAGUGAGUCUCUUUCAAUUACCUCUGAACAUACGGCACAAAGGUUGGAUAUAUCUUUAAGAAAAAAAUUCGUUUAGCUCAUACAAAUGUUAUACGUUUUUUGGUAUUUGCGUGUCAUUAACUGCCUGUCGGUGGCCAUCAACUCUCUAUCAGGCGAUGGGUUUUAGCUCGAAUGUUCACACCAGCUUUGGAAGCGGGCUCGGAAAGCUUAUUUUUCAACGUGCGCCUAGUUCGCGCGUUUUUGUCCAACAGGUUUAAACAAUGCAACAUUUAAACUGGAGGUCGAAUAAAACGAAAGCACAUGGAGGACGCAAGGCAGCGAAGUAGAAAUGGAUAAACAUACCUCCGCAUUGUUUGUUCAUGCGGCGGAACGAGAUCUUAAAAAACGAUUGUCUGUGCCUUUAGCUAGUAGCUUUCCUUCCAGCUGGAAUGGAUGCUUGCGCAAUAAAAGCAAUGAAAUACUGUAUCACUUAAUUAAUAACAUUUUCCGAGACUGCACAGUGACACAAAGAAAAAUCAGAACAAGUAAAAUUUGGAAAAGUAAAAAAGUGCUUUUAGCCGUACUUCAUCAAUACCAACUUGAAACACCCUGCUUCCGAACUUUGAACUACCGUAAACAUCGUUAGAACGGGUAAAUGAAAAAUGAAGAAAAAUUUCCUUUUGCUUUUAGUGGGAAAAUAUCCCCGACUGACGCUGUUCAUCCCUGAGAUACAGGGUACUACGGAAUUCUUCAUUGGGGCUGAUCAGCCAAACAAAAAGUAUGCAAAGUACUGGCUAAGGGUUGAACAUAUUUCUGCCGCAUUGUCGACCAAUCGUACGUCGUGCGAAGUGUGCAAUACUGAUAUAUUCGUGUGUUUAUAUAUUACUUCGGCUAACCGUCUCAUUUCAGACCUUAUGUUCCUUUUCAUGUUAGACCGUAAAAUGUAGGAAUGUUGUUGCCUCAGAAUUGACAGCAGUUAGUUCGAAAAGCAGUAAAUAUAAAGUAAUCGCAGAACGGAGAUAUAUUUGCCGUUUUAAACAAGUGACACUUUUUUUACUGACCUCGGCCACUUUCUGUUCAAAGUUAUUUACCGCGCUUUCAAACAGAACAUUUGAAAUUAUCUGAUUAAAUACUUCCCUCUUAAAGGAACCUUUGGCUAUGACAGUGUCAGUCUGUCAAAGAAGUCCGAAAAUGAGACGGAGAUGGACCUGGUCUGGCAGUUGCCAUUCGCUGUAGAUGUUUCAGGAGUAAGUAAAAAUCGCAAAAUUUUCCCUCCGCUUUUCCUCACGGUGUACCGGAGUUCUCAUUAUACACUACUGCUACAGACUUGAAUAGGACAUUUUGACCAUCGGUUUCGAUGAUGUCCACCGUGUGCCCCAUAGCUGCAGCAGCAAUGGGAGCAGGGACGGUGACUUACGCAGGAGUUUAUAGUGCCGGUAGACUUGCGUAGCAUCUACCUGCACUCUCUCCUCCUCCCUCGCCCGAGCCCGGUGUCAAGACAGAGUCAAGAAGACCGGAGACGAGAGAGGCCGCAGGUGGAUGGCUCGGACGGAUCCUCAGCUUGGCGUUCUACCAAACUCCCUGGUCCACACAACAAAUGACCAGGAUUUCAGCCAACAAAAGAGGGAUUUGGAGGCUGGCACGGCCGAAGCCGCACCUGGGCGUGCCGCCAACGCCUGGCUCGGAUCCAACACUGUAAUGGGAUCGCCAUAA